AUGGGAAAAGAUAUCAAUGAUUAUAACUUAGUUGAUAAUUACAUAACUGAUAACGAAAUUGAUAAACAAUAUAAAGAGAUUAAUGAACAAUUAGCAAUUGUUGUUAGCAAAGAAGAUAUAUUAGCUGCUAAUUUAUUAAAUUUGAAACAGAAAAAUGCAUUCGACUUAAUAUUAAAUACAAUUUUCAACAAUCAAACUGGCCUUUUCUUCAUUGAUGGCCCUGGAGGAACGGGAAAAACUUUCUUAUAUAAGACUAUUUUGGCUGCAGUUCGUUCAAAAAAAAUAAUAGCUUUAGCUGUUGCAUCUUCAGGUAUUGCAGCUUCUAUUUUACCUGGUGGUCGAACAGCUCAUUCUCUAUUUAAAAUAGCCCUUCACUUAGAUAAUUAUAGUUCUUGUUCAGUUAGUAAACAAUCAGGUUUAAGUAAAUUAUUACAACUAACAAAACUUAUUAUUUGGGAUGAGGCACCAAUGUCAAACAAAGAAGCUAUUGAAGCUUUAAACUAUAUGUUAAAAGACAUAAAUAAUUCCACUCUUCCUUUUGGUGGUAAAGUUAUAGUUUUUGGAGGUGAUUUCCGUCAAGUAUUACCUGUUGUUCCUAAAGGUACAAGAGAACAAAUGAUUAAUGCAAGUUUAGUAAAAUCUGAGUUAUGGCCCUUAUUUACUAAAAUUACAUUAACAGACAAUAUGCGGGCCAAACAAGAUCCCUUAUUUAGCAGUUAUUUAUUAAAUAUUGGCAAUGGAACCGAGCCAACUAUAGAUGGAAAGAUACAGCUACUCUCAUCGAUGAUUUUACCUUAUGAGGAUGAUGAUACUUCGCUAAAUAACUUAAUAGAUUUCGUAUUUCCAGAUAUUAAUAACUACACAGAAAAUAUGAAUACAAUACUCAAUCGCGUGAUUUUAACUCCGAAAAACGAGGAGUACAAGAAGACUUCAUGA